CACAGCAGCCAACGACGACGAGGGCAAUGAUGCAUCGUCGCGCUCCUUCGCCACCCCACUCUCCUUCCGCUCCAUCCCACCGCGCUCUGGGCAUGACUGGAGAGAGCCAUCACGAGCACCGACUGGGUCCUCGUUCCAGGCCUACGUCGCCUAGCACCGCCUCCCAGCGACAGCUGCUGCAGCUAUUGAUCAAGUGCCCCUCGCUGGGCAGUCUCGACUGCGACACUCGCCUCAUGACAGUUUCUGCCGAUGCGACAAUUAAGCAGGUCAAGGCGAACAUCGAAACGACAUGGCCGGGUCGACCCAAGGCCGAGGGGAUGCGCUGCAUUCGAGCGGGCAGGUUGCUAUCAGAUGAAGACGUCGUUGGUAACGUCGUUGUAGAGUCCGAACGUCACGAGCCUGCGUCCCUGCACCUCGUCAUUCGACCCGAUGCGUGGUCCGAGCCGCGCUUGCGGAGGGCAGAGUCGUCGACUUCGAGGCCGGUACUCGCGCCUUUGGUUAGAACGGCCUCGACGGGAUCGAUCGCAUCGAUCAGGACUGCGUCAUGCCGAAGCACACCGAGACCACUCGCUUCGUCUCACCACGAUCUUACGCGGGCCGCCUUGCCUUCAAUUGCUGUCGCGGGCUCUGGCGAGCAGCCUGGCAGCAGGACCACCGAUGCGGGGCGCCAAUUCUACCACCUUCUGGCCGACCUCGACCCGUCGCAGUACUCUGCCGUCCAGUCGCUUGUGACGCUGGCCUUCCACAAGUACGCGGAUCUUUACGAGUCCCACUGGUUUCUCGUCUAUGGAGACGAUUGUGCUCGGCUUCUCGGCUCUCAUGCGGCCCAGAAGCAGGCUGGUCCUGCACAGCUCGAGUCUGUGGCUCAGUCGAUGGGAUUCAGCUUGGACGAGGCCGUUCAAUCGCUCCAGAUCUUCGAAGAGGCAUCGCUCCAAUGGCUCCCGCUUGAUGGCGAGGCUGCAAAAGAGGCGACCUUUGGCGGCAAUCAAGCUACCCACACUUAUCGACAAGUGACAAUCGAAGGAUUGCCGUUUCUGCUUCAACUGACGACUGACGCUCCAACCGUGGAGGCGAACCGACGACUGGGCGAUGUGGUCGAACGGCUCGAGGUUCUGCGAGACUUGUCAAAUCGUCUUGAUCGUUUGAUGAGCUUCCAGCACCUCUUGAGGCUGCCCUCUAGCCCUUCGACCGACGAUGCCGCUCGAGCCGGCAUCGGCCUGCACCUUGCGAGGCAGCAUCAGCAAGCGACAACGGCAGCAGCAGCUGAGCAACAAGGACGGCGCCGGGUGCAGAUGCGUACCGCUCUCGUCUUGAAUCUCGACGAAGUCUUCCACGUCACGCUACCCAUGCUCUUUCUCUCAUUCAAAGUGGCCAUUCUCAUCUACAUCUUCACCAGAGGUGCAAGUGAUUUCAAGAAAAACGUCAUGAUAGCCACGGCCGUCGCCUACGUGGCUUGGGAAGCAUGGAAGCUUGCAAGGAUGAGGCAAGUUAGAAGGCAGCUGCGCCAGACCAGGCAGCACGCCAGAAACCAGCAACAGCAGCAGCAGCAGCAGCAGCAGCAGCAACCACAAGAAGCAGGGAGACAGCAGACAGCCGCUCGGCAGAACGAGCGAUUGGGACAAGGAGACGACUUGAUCCCUCAAGCACCGGCCCGCUCGGUAGUCACGUCGCCCUUGCAAGUCGAAUUCUGGAUCGAGAGGCUUGCCUACCUGCACCUCGAAGUCGAAGAUCGCCAGCUCGGAUUCCGUCAUCUUGAUGGCUCUCCUGCUUCCGACCUUCCCGUUGAGGAUUUCAAUCGUGGACCACUUCGGCUCGCUUAUGAGGUCGUGGUGCUGCCUCUAGUCCUGUCUGUCGCGACGUUGGUGCCCGAGAUCGAAGAGCGCAGACGAAGGGCCAUCGAGACGAGGGAUGCCCUGAUCCGGAGCACAGCACGCAAGUUUGAGGAACGCAGGACGAGGGCAAGGGAGCAGGGGGGCCAGGCAAUCGAUGACUCCCCGCACGCGGCUGCUCACCUUGAGGCAUCUGCCAGCAAGCGAUCUUCCAAUCAAGGUGGCGAGGAAGGCGGCGAGGAAGGCGGCGACCAACCUGCUACCGACCAAGUGCCUACCCUGCUCAAGACGGCCUAUGCACAGAGGCUCUUACGAAAGUAUCGGGGUGAUGGGACAGGACGCCAGCUGGACAUUCAGGAAGAGCUCGAUGCUGCUGCUGCUGCUGCUGCUGCUGCUGCGCAAAACGCAGACGAAGGUGCGGAGCAAGCAGAUAUGGGCUUUUUCUAGGUGGCCAAGUCCAGCAACACAGAGGCUGCGAUUUCUGUGCCAAAAGACUCCAGUCUACUACUACUACUACUGCUGCUGCUUGUUGGUCAUGUUCACUAUUCAUAAUUGUAUAUCACCAAAUGCCUGUCCUUUCUCUACCAUUCAAAGUUGUCUAUGACCCUCUUUCUUCACG